CACACACGCCGGUGGUCCAGUUUCUAUUUCUGCUCUUUUUUUUGCCAAGACAGCGAGUUUCUUUGCGACGCUUGAAAUAUUAACUGUCUGAAAUGCCAAACCGUGGCCUCCGGCUUAUCUUUCAGUCGCCGUUAUCCUCGCUGUAACCGAAAAAAGACCCCGGUGUUCGUGGAGGCGGCAGUGUGUGAGUGGAUCCUGCCGAGCAAAGCAGCAGCUAGCGGUAGUGGAGUCAAAAUGGCGUCUGUGUGCCCACUCAACGCUCGUCUAAUCCAUCUGUGAUUAGCCUCGUAGCUACACUCAGCGACCUGUGGCUGCUUUCUAGUGCUUCGGUUUCACACACUGGUACGGUUUGGGUACAUUUUAGCGUCAUGUCGGACUCGGAGGAGGACAGCCAGGACAAGCAGCUUAAAAUUGUAGUGAUUGGAGACGGAGCGUGUGGGAAGACAUCACUCGCCACCAGGUUUGCACAGGAGGCCUUUGGGAAGCAGUACAAACAAACCAUCGGCCUGGAUUUCUUUCUGAAGAGAAUAAGCCUUCCAGGCAAUUUGAAUGUGACCCUGCAGGUGUGGGACAUUGGAGGCCAAACAUUAGGAGGGAAAAUGCUGGAUAAAUAUGUAUACGGAGCUCAUGGCGUUCUUCUAGUGUACGAUAUCACCAACUACCAGAGCUUCGAAAAUCUGGAGGAUUGGUUCAACAUGGUCAAGAAGGCCAAUGAGGAGGCUGAUAUUCAGCCUGUUGUGUCCUUGGUAGGCAACAAAAUCGACCUUGAGCACAUGAGGACAGUGAAGGCUGACAAACACCAGCGCUUCUGCCAAGAGAACGGCCUCGUCAGUCAGUUUGUAUCGGCAAAGACGGGAGAUUCGGUUUACCUUUGUUUCCAGAGAGUGGCUGCAGAGAUUCUUGGUGUGAAACUAAACAAAGCAGAAAUAGAGCAGUCCCAGCGUGUGGUCAAGGCAGAUAUUGUGAACUACAGUCAGGACACUGUGGCCCGGACGGUCAACCCUCCUCGCAGCUCCAUGUGUGUGGUGCAGUGAUCCCCUCUAGUGCACUCACACGCAAUAUACACACAAUGCACAUUCACACACACAAAGAUGUAUAAUUGUCUUCAGCCAGUAUUCCUCUUUCAGGAUUUUUGGGAUGAGCAGAUGAAAAGUAUUCAGAGUGUGUUCCUGUGUGUGUGAGUGAGAUAAAGACCAGACUGUGCGGUUUCGAGGCCUUGGCCUGUAGUUUGGAUAUUUAGCAGAAAUCAUUUCUUGGGUGGUUCGCCAAAAAGGAAACCUCAGCGUUUUUCAAGUUUACACGCAGCUAUCAUUUUAUUUCUAAGAAUCAUCUUGAAUAUAUAUUUUAGAAAAGACUCUUUACUUGAUUUAUGCGUUAGUAUGAAGCUGAUUGUUUGAAGCAGGAAGAUGGCUAAAAUCAGUCACUCUGGUAAUUGAAAAUAUUUUUGUAUAUAAGUGUAUUUUCUUCUACCAUAAUGACAUUAGUUUCAGUGAGUCAGUAUAUUUAUAAAGAACACCAUUAACACCUGUUUGAUCUGAGUCUGUACCUACAGUACGACCACAGAGUAGAUUCAGAGCAGUUAAUGGGACGAAAACAGGGAAGACAAACCAAAAGCGCACUCAUAGGAUUUUUGGAGAUAUUCCUUAAUUAUCUGUGGUGCUCAUGAGUUGAACAGAAGGGAAGUAGAAGUUAAAAUGCUGUAGUGGAUGGAGAUGAAUCGAAACUUUCUAUUUGCCAAUUAGGGGCUUGCUGUAGCAGUGACGUGAUGUGAACUGUUGUUUCACAUAGAAAUUUUUCAAUUUUUAACCAAAAUUUACAUUUUCUGUUCUUUUUCCGUCAGGUUACAAAUCGAAAAACAUUUUACAUCAGAGUCUACAAUCCAUUGUGAUGAUUUAGCUUCAUGUUUUCACACAAUAUAACAUUCCCAGGUUCAUCCUGUCAGAGGAACAUUCAGAUGCUGUGUUGAUAAAGUGUUGACGUAGAUAGAUGAAUAUGACUCAGGAAGUACUUGAGCGUCGAGCUAAGCUGAAAUGUUUAACAUUUUAUUAGAUUACUCUACAUAGCCUUAUUCAACUGUCCGUUAUAGAACAGAGGUUUGCAUUGAAGAGUGGCUAUGAUGCAUAAAAUGCUUCAUAGAUCUUCACUUUGACCGCAUUUUAAUAACCUGUCCUUCAGCUUCUGUGUUGUUAGAAACAACUAAGAUAUCAAGCAGUUUUGUCAAAAUAGCUUUUACGUGAUAGUACAUGUUGGUGUGAUGGCAUUUAAAGUGGAGUCCAUUUAACAAAUUAGCCACUAUAUGUAUCAAGUAUGUAUGUGUACAAUAAAAGCUACUUCUGCUCCAUUUCAAAGCUCCUUUCAUUGAUUAACAAUCAUGCAGCUGCAUCUUGUAAAUUCUGCUCAUGUCGAUGAAAUGUACACUUUUAAAAGAAUUACGAAUGUACUAUUGAAAGUGACUGUUUAGUUGAUGUAAUACAGCCACAAGGAUUUGUGUUUCUAAAUAAAGAUGCUACGUGGAAAAAAACAACAA